GUACGUGUGUGCACCUUCCCUAAACUCACUUCCUUCUUCACACAGCGCUCAGUGCGUGUGUGUUUUACUCUUAAAGCCGCUACAAGUCUCUGAAGCCUUUUUAGUGACACAAUAAUGGAAACAGUCCUGACCAAACACUGGACAUGAAGCUGGACAUGCAGUGAGAGACGACUGGUUCAUCUUCAGGAUCUCAGGGACAUGGGGAGAGUGUGUUAGAGCAGCAGGCAGUGUGAAGAUGCAGCACACCUCGUGCACGGAGGAUCGGAUCCAGCAUGCGCUGGACCGCUGCCUGGACGGCCUCCAAUCAUCCAACACACUCACACAGUCCUGGAACACUGGCUGGUGUAUGAACCGAUGGAGUCUGGAGGAACUCCUGAGGAGAGAUCCAGAAAACUUCCUCAUCCUCCUGCAGCAGAUCCUCACCAGAGCCAGAAAGGUGCAGGAGGAGAGUGAGUAUGAGUUGGUGGCGCCUCUUGCCAUCAUGUUCGAGUCAACACUCCUGCAGACUCCGUACUCUCCGGAUUGUGAUCUUCUAGCUGAAGCGUGUGAGGUCUUCCAUGGUUUUCUGACAUGGCCUGAGCCGUAUUCCACCGUCUGCCGCGGUCUGCUCACCACUCUCCAGCAGGAGCUCCGCGCACCAGGGAUUUCAUACCACCGGCUGGUGAGAGAGGAACAGGGCCUUGCUGCCUCCACUCACGGCAGCAGAACCAUAACGGUGUUGUUGCUGAACCCGGCGGAUGUUCCUGCAGCGUUUCUCUCGGUGUUGAAGCAGCUGGGUGGAGCUGAGGUUUCCCACAGAGACGCCAGCAUCACCCUCAUUAAACACGCCUUUCAGUCCACACUGGGUGCCAAAUACCCCCUGACCGCCAUACACACAGCACUGCAGUCUCUCGGUGAAGAGGAGUUGGCUCAGACUCUGUCGUCUGUAACGGAGCUGUUGGAGUGCGCAGCAGCGAUGGCAGAUGUGAGUACGGCUCGAGCUUGUGUAGCACAGCGCCUGGAGGAAGUGUGGGAAAAACUCAAGAUCCCAGCAUGCAGCAGCAGGAACACAGAUGGGAUGCUGCAGAUUCUGAGGUUGCCUACAGCCAAGUGCUACACCAUCGACUGGGACACGGAUAACUUUGACGUCCUGACCAAGCUUUUGGAAUCGGAGCCUGAUCUGGUCUCCCAGCAGACCUCUGAAGGUGCGGUUGAGGAGGACGAAGAUGAUGAAGACGCGGAUGAAGAUGAGGAUCUUGAGGAGAUGGAGGAUUUCACGUCUCUUGGCUAUGUGGACCCGCGAGCAUCUAUGUUCUCCACUGUGUCGUCUCUGUCCACCGCUUCCAAGGACUCAAUGUUCUCCACUUAUUCCGUGGCCUCCUCUGAAUGUUCUCCGCUCUCCACACUCUCCUCUUCCUCCCAGGCUUCAGGAACUGACAGUGAUUUUUGUGAGGAUGUGGAGGAGGAAUCUCCCGUUCCCCCCGUGCUGGGAAAGCCAAAAAGUUCCGCCGGGUUCUCCAAGCGCCUUUCGCGCCUCUUUAAGCCGCGAAGCAGCCACUCGCUGUGCCGCGCCAAAAGCCUGGGAAACGCAGAGGCCAAAGACAUCCUGCCAUCCGUCCGCUCGAAACGCUCCAACUCUGUUCCCCAUCAGGCCUUGAUGCGCAGCUCCGAGCUGGGGCUCACCGAGAGCCUCCUGGCGCAGCAGGCCCUGGGCUGUGUACGCUACAGGAGGAGGCCCAUCCUCAGCAGCGAUGAGGCCGAGGAGCCUGGAGCCGCUCUCCUCAGGGUUCUGGUGUUCGGAGCUGAUCACGUGGCCGGGAGGGUGGCCCGGGCGUACAGCAGCCUGCGGAGGAGAGAGAGGGACUAUCCGAGGCUCAGCAGGGCCUUCAGGCUUCGAUUCUUCUUCAUUCCUGUCAGGAGAGAUCCACCAGGAAAUGGAGUGAUUAACCAGUUCUCUGCCAGUCCGCUUAAAACCAUACAGGAUAUAAAUGCGGACCAGCUGGAGGACAGCACUAACGACAUCGCCGCCCUGCUGGGCAUGCUGGACCCCUGGUACGAGAGAAACACCCUCUGUCUGCUCGACCUGCCGCUGCACGUGGUGUGUAAGCAAACAUCGAAGCCUGAGCCUGAUCUGCUGCAGGAUUCAGUAGAGGAAGGUUUGCCCAUCCUGGCCGACCUGCUGCUGUACUACUGCAGAAACGCAACACGACCUGCACUCAUACAGCUCUACCAGGCAGAGCUGACACUGGCCGGCGGGGAGACCAGAACCGAAGUGUUUGUCCACUCUUUGGAGCUCGGACACACAGCAGGGACCAGAGCCAUCAAAGCUAUGGGUGCCGCGAGUAAGCGGUUUGGGAUAGACGGAGACCGUGAGGCGCUGCCACUCUCUCUGGAGCUCGUUUAUAACCAGGUGGUUGUCAGUGGUAGAAGUCAGAAGACGAGGGUGGAGAAAGUUUGCACUUCAGUAAAUCUGACCAAAGCCUGCAGGAACCCUGAGGAGCUCGAUCCUAAAAUCGAGUGUCUUCAGCUGACAAUGACGGAGGUGCUGAAGAGACAGAACUCUAAAUCUAAGAAGAGUUUUAAUCAGCAACUGAGCACCACUCGGGCAAAAGUGGACAAGGUGCGAGUGAGUGGAUCCGGAAACACCACCUUCGCUGUGUGUUUGGAUCAGGACGAGAAAAAGAUUCUACAGAGCGUGACCCGGUGUGAAGUGUCGGUGUGUUAUAAACCAGACAGCUGUGCUAACUGGCCGAGGUUCAGAGCUCUGUCCUCUCAGGUCCAGCCUCUGCAGCCCACGUUCUGCUCUCUGCUCUGCCUGCCUAUCGCCACCUUUAGUGGACCCCAACCUUAAACCUCUAAACCCCUUAAAUCCCAACUCUAAAUGCCUAGUCCCCUAAACCCCAACCUUGAAUCUCUAAACCCCAGCUCUGAUCCCUUAGUGCUCUAAACCCUAGCCUGUUAUUCUGUCACUUCCUCAGCUCAGGGUGAAAUCACUUGAACUGCACACAGAACGGAGCGUUUGGACGCAGCAGCUCUGCUGUGGUGCAAAGUCCUGUUUUUCUGACUCACAUACACAACAAAGUGUACACUGUGUGGUCAUUUUAAUCUACUUAGCUGAUUCUUUAUGUAGCUCAAUUUUAAAGCUCAGGAAUAAGUGAUGUUCAAAAGUCACGUUUUAUCAGGGCACAUUCUCCUGCUUUACUGUACCAGACCCGAACCCAGACACGGGCAGGUACCAGAACCGCUCAGGCACCGUGUUUUUAGCUGUGUUUGUUUUUUGUAAAUGACAUGUAUAUUUGUAUAGUGAAUCAGGGUUUUUCAAAUAGCAAUUUUACAUUUUAAGAAAAUGUGUUAACUGUUAUUAAUUCCUGACACAGAAAAAGCCAUGACCCCUAAUUGUAAUUUGGUUGGUUUGGCCAGCAGAGGGCGCUGCUGUCUCAUUACUGAGUGCAGUGCGGCCCUUUAAAGUGGGGCUUCCUGACAGUGGGGUCCUAUAAAGCGCUUAACGUUAAAAAAUAAAGCACACUGCCAUGGAGUUUGCACACAAAACACUGAAAUCCUUCAUGGAGAGUAAUACUAUCACUGUUUUCAAUAUGAAAAAUCAAGAAUUUUGUUUUUAUAGGAUGACUGCACUGAGUAAAAACUCUCAGUCUGUGAAAAUUCUCAUGUUUUUACAUGUCUCAGGUUUUAGAAACACUUUGUUUGCAACGUUAUGUAUGUAUUAUUCUAACUCUACUGGAUGUAAAUAUGUCUUUGGUGUAGUUUGAGGGAAUUAUUUGAAUAUGAAAGCACUGGCAGAGGGUUAGUUAAGAGAUUUAGCUCAGACAAAUGAUUAAGAGACGCAACUGCAAUAAUGUCAUGUAUUCACAGUAAUGAAGUAACAGCAGCCAUUUGGAUUAACAGCAGUUAGGCUAGUUUUUGUGGCACAGACACUGCAUUUUAAAAACUCUCUGGCAGCUGAAUGGACGCUCCUAAUACGGUACUUUCCAGUCCUAAGGUGCUUUUACUGUGUUUCUAUGUUUUUUUAAAUUAUAACAUUUUAAUGUAUAUUACUUGUUACUAAGUGCAAAUAUCUAAUAAAAACCUUUAACACACAUAUUUCUGUGUUUUUAUU